UUUCAUUCAUAGUUACCUUGUGUAGUAGUACUACAACGUAUUUGUGCUGAUUGUGCACGACCAAUAGCGAUUCGCAUUUCGGUGUCAGUUUUGCGCGCUGAAACUUUUCUGCUAAUUUACUCCAGCAUGGCUAGUUCAAAAUAUUCUGCUUAUGACAGUUUAGGUGAAGUAUAUGGCCAUUUUUACUAUGGUAACAUAGAAGGCGAUGAUUCCGACAAGGACGUCGAUAUCGGUGAAGUAAACCCUGCAGUACUUUCUGAGUCGAAUAAUUAUGAAGAAGUUGAGUUAUCUGCAAGAGACUUGAAUCCUGGAAAUGAAAAAAUAGGCCCUCAAGAUUUUGAAUUCAAAAAAGUCCUUGGAGAAGGUGGAUUUGGAAAAGUUUAUCAAGUACAAAAAAUUACUGGAAAGGACAAAAAUAAAAUAUUUGCUAUGAAAGUCAUGAGUAAACCAAAAAUAUUAAAAAAUAGAAAAGAUAUAGAUCAUACCAAAGCAGAAAGAAAUAUUUUACAAUCUAUAAAGCAUCCAUUCAUUGUAGAUUUGCAUUAUGCUUUUCAAACUCAAGGAAAACUAUUCCUUAUAUUAGAAUAUCUUGGUGGUGGAGAAUUAUUUACUGUUCUAGGUAAAAAUAGAAUUUUUCUCGAACACCAAGCAAGUUUUUUUGCAGCCGAAAUCAUACUAGCGUUAGAAUACUUACAUAGCAAUGGAAUUAUUUAUAGAGAUCUGAAGCCGGAAAAUGUAUUAUUUGAUGAAUACGGUCAUAUCAAACUAACUGAUUUUGGACUGUGCAAGGAAAAAAUUCUUAACGAUGCGGUCACCCACACAUUUUGUGGUACAAUUGAAUAUAUGGCUCCAGAAAUUUUACAAGAUACUGGACAUGGCAGAGCCUGUGACUGGUGGAGUCUGGGAAUAAUACUCUUUGAAAUGCUUAAUGGAAAGCCACCAUUUUUAGGCAAACAUAAAAACUUUACUAUAGAACUUAUAACUAAAACUGGCAAAGUUAAAUUUCCAAAGCAUAUUACACAUAAUGCUCAAGGGAUUAUACGCCAAUUAUUAAAGAGGGAUGUUUCGAAACGAUUAGGAUCUGGAGUUGCUGAUGCAAAUGAAAUUAAGAGACACAGAUUUUUCGAAAAACUUGAUUGGAAUAAGAUUUUGUCCAAACAAGAAGAGCCUCCAUUCGUUCCAAAAAUGUCAAGCUCUGAUGAUGUGCGAAAUUUCGAUAAAUAUUUUACACAACAAUAUCCCAUAAUUUCUCCUGAAUGCAGUGGACUUAGUGAAUCUGCUAAUCGAGUUUUUGAAGGUUUCACAUAUGUUGCUCCUUCCAUACUGGAUAACUUUAUGCAAAACCGUUCACUUCAAAUGGCAGAAGCUGAUGAUCUAAGAAAUUUUUUUGGAUCACAGAUUGAUACUGUUGAAUCCAACUUGCAGGAUUCUCACGUGCCAGAAUCUCAAGAAGCCAUGGAAAAUUAUCAGCCGUUAAGAAAUUCAAAUGAACCUAGUCAUUUGACUAGUAGAUUUAUGAAUUUUCACCUAUCAGAUGAUCAAUAGUAUAUACAAGAUUCAAGAAUUAUUGAAACAAUCUUGUUUGAUCUCAACAAAUGAAGGUGGAAUUCGUUACAUGUAUAUAACUAUUUUAAAUUAAAUGACAUAAGAAAAUCUUUUGUAAAUAGUAUCCAUAAAAUGUUGCCCAUGAAUUCAAUGUCAUAUUUGUCUUAAAAUAAUAUUAUAUUAAAUUGCAAUAUGACAGGAUAACGAUAAAUUUUUUAAAUUAUUUUAAAAAAAGU